AUACUCUUCAAAUUUUUCACUCUCUCUCUACGAAGCUUCCUCGAAGCUCACUAAUGGAGUCCUACUUAACCUCCUCCAUUCCUUCUUCCUUCCUUCCUCCCAUCAAUCUUCUUCUUCAGUUCCUUUUCCUUCUGCAAAUUCUCAGCUAUGAAGUUCCCCAAAAACUUCUUCAAGUCCAAAAAAUCCCGUUCCCUUUCCAGAACCGAUGAUCCGUCUUACUCCUCUUCUUCCUCCUCUUCCAAUAAAGGCGGUGGAGGCGGUAUCUCUACUCCUACGAGCGUAUUACCGACUUUAUCCAACGAGAUCUCAGCUGACGAGUGGUCCGAGAUCUCUACCGCUGGAGUUUACUCCGACUUAGUCCAAGCGUUUUCCUUAAUCGAUAACGGAGACGGUAAGAUAAGGAAGGAACGGCUCAAGGCGAUUUUAAGCAGAGUUGGAGGUAAAUCUCCUCCGAGCGAGGAGGAACUGGUGUUGUUGCUUGAUGAAUUGGAUAAGAACGGAGAUGGAUGUAUAAGUCUAGAGGAUUUUGAAACUAUCAGCUCGGCGUUGCCGCCGUCGGCGGCGGCGGAAGAUGUAGCUGAGAUGAAAGAUGCGUUUGAUUUCUUCGACGAGGAUCACGACGGGAGAAUCACCGGCGAGGAAUUGUUCAACGUGUUUAGAAUGAUCGGCGAUGAGCGGUGCACGUUAGAGGAAUGUAAGCGUAUGAUAAGAAGAGUAGAUAAAAAUGGAGACGGAUUCGUCUGCUUCGAGGAUUUUUGUCUUAUGAUGGAACAGCAGAGAUAAAAAAAAUAAAAUAAAAAAUAGAAAUCGUUUUAAUUUAUUUUAUUUGUUGUGUUAUUAGUUGGAAGAAUUAUCGAGAAGAAAUAUAUAUAUAGUAAAAUGAGAACAAAUUCCUUCACUUUUAACCCAAGAUAUAUUGAACAUUAGUUUCUAUAGUUCUCUUUAGAUUCUAUGAUUAUACUUGCAUAAAUAAUAUUGUUCUUUUGGGGGUUCAA